AUGAGUUCUGCAGGGGUUUCCAAGGUGAAUAAUGAUUAAUGAUUUUUUUCACCCUUCUCAGUGUCAACAGGUAUGAGUUUGUUUUUCUAAGGUUGCUCAGUUCUCAGGUAUCUCGAAAAAAAAAGUUCUUUCCGCUUUUACAACUCGGAAAAGUUGAAUAAUGAGAACUUUUUCGUUGAUAAAAGUCGUUUUUCGAAGUUUUCAAUCAAUAAAAUCAAUUUCAGGAGCCAAUUUUCUCUGACGACGCGUUCCUCCGCGAGCUAGAAGAGACCGAUUACACAGAGGAUCUUGAAGACGUAAUUCGAAAAUAUGUUUUGAAAGCUGAUCACUCAUUCUGAAGGAGAAGAUCGAAUUCGAUGAGUUGGAGUGCGUCGAUGAGGUAGACGCCGAGGCUGAGGAUUGUCGGAGGAUUCGCCCGAGUUCUGACCGGAGAAACGGCAGCGGGACUUCGUCGAGUCGACGUCAGAGGGAGACCAAACGGAGGGCUCCUGGCGACCUUCAUACUAGAGAAAGUGUAUGUUAUUUCAGUUGGAAUCAGAGAGGUUACUGGAUUUUUGGGAAUUUUAGCAAGAUUUGAGGGUAGGGGCUAUCCAAUAGGGGGGAGGCUUUUUUUUUGUUCAGGAGAAUUUCAAAAGUCUUGUAUUUCCUUCGAGUUCUCAUUAGCUUUUUCCUAAGACCAUCAUUUUUUUCAUCCCAUUUUUGCGGGUUCUUCGAGUUCAAUGUCACCUUGAUGGAUUGCGUUCUCGGGAUCCACUAAAGUCAUGUCAAUUCAACAAAAAAAAAGUGGCUUCAAAGUUUAUUUUUCAGUACCAAGAUCGGCCGUCAGGUCGUCGCGAAGGCCCUCGCGAGAGUGGCUUGCGACGCGACGAGCGAAACGGACGUGAACGCGACCGUCACAUGCGAACGUCGGAGCGUGAGGACUCCUCAACGCAACGUCGCGUCGAUUCCCGAAUCCGUGCCUCCUACAUUGCGCCACCGAGUACGAAAGUUCGCCGAGAGGUUGGUAUGAGGUUGCGAAUUGCGAUUGAAGGACCAUUUUUUGAAGUUGAGCCCUUGAAACGGCAUUCUUACUAUGCCGCCAUUUUUCAUAUUUAAUGGGAGUCGAAGUAUCUAGGAAGAGGUCACUUAAGAGGUUCCUUAAAGACUACUUGGAGAGGGCACUAAAUUUGCCACUUGAAUGACCUCUAUAGAAGUCACUAUUUUGCGUCUGAGUGGCUAAAGUAUUUUCUAGUGGUAUCGUAGUACCAUCUAGACUCCUGAAAAGGUCACUUAUGUUUAGUCACUUAAGUAACCGCUUAAAGUUUAGACACACGUUAAUUAAUAUAAAACUUACUAGACGUGAAAACCCUUAAGCGGCCACUUGAAAUUUUCCCAGGUUGUCCAGGAAAGAUCCUACGUAAAUGCAUUUUUUUCUAUUUUUUCAAGGCCUUCUCAGAAAUUUCUGGAUGUUUCUUUGUUUCUAUGCUAUUGAAAUUCUUUUUCUAUACCAAGAACCUAAAAUUCUAGAAGAUUCUUUUCGCCUCAGAUCCUUUGAACAAACCGAGAAAAUCGUUGAGAACAGUGUACAUAAAUUUCCGAAUCUUCUCAACCAGGUAGAUAUUGUCCCCCUGGUCCGUUGUUUGCUUUGUUACUUGAGUGAAUGACGCGCCGGCGGCGCUGCACUUUAAUUCAACCGCAACACACGCGAUUUGUACACCUGAGACGUUCCCACGGAGUUCGCAACGCAUUUCAUUGUGUAUGGCGUGUUGCAGAUGCCGCGAGAGAGACCUCCCCCGCGACGCGUGAUCCGUUCGCAGCCCACCAGGAGGCAUCGUGAGAGGCUCCCUGCCUCCGAAAGCCGUGGUGGUGGCGGUGGUGGAGUCAUCGAUUUCGAUCACCUCGAGGAAAUCGAUUGCUGUUAGUGUUUGGAUUUUUUCGUGAGCCAAUGAAAACUUGAAAAGGACAAAAUAACAGGAAGAAGUAGUAUGUGAAAAUUUGAGACAUGAGCGUUUUUUCCAUAAUUCUUCGACCUCGCCGGUGAGGGAACAGAGAGGCGCAGAAAAGCGAAAACUUACAAGUCGUGAUGGACGUACUAUACACAAAGCUUUUCUGAUAUCACUAUUAGAUAAAAAGUGCAUCAAGAAUUUGAUAAGAACUUUUGGAUUUCAAGAUUUUGAGCGUAAAUCAUUCUCAUUGAGUUUUGGCAAAUUUUAACUUCAAAUCUGAUUUUUAUGGACCUUUUAACGGAUAAAAAUCAAUGAAUACUCUGUACUUUCAGGCGACGAGAACGAAGAUUUGGCGCCGUCGGAAGCCUCCUCGGCCACACUCGACAACGAGCAUCCUUCUGGGUAGGCACUCGCCAGCGGCAUUUCAUUUAUCGACUAACGUUCAUAAGAAUUCUCGAAUUUCCCACCUGACGUGUUCUUUUUUCUUUCACAUUGGCUCGGUUUCCCUUUUUUUUUCCUGACGUUUUUUGUUCUGCUCUUUGUAUUUGUUAUCAUGUUUUGUUUGUCAAAGGGUAUCAAUGAAAAGUUUCAACCUUUAAAGCCUUGGUUUUGAUCUUUUUGAAUCAGUAUUUUGGUCAUUCCUGGGUAUCAGGUUGAAACACGAACAGAGCCACUUUUUUCAGGGGGAAUUUUAGAGAAAGCUUGAAGGUCUACGGUUCUUAAGUGGGCUUGGAGCUUUUUUUUAAAGUUAAAAUGAGAAGAUUUCUGUUUUGAACCCAUUCAAAGAACCGGUGAUCUUCAAGCAGAAGGAAAAUUUAAAAAUCGUCGGGUUUUCACAAAAAAAAAAGUUGAAUGUUUACAGCGCCUCGUGGUCGGAUGCUGACGAAGCCGAGGAGUUGCCGUAUGAAGCAACGGCCGUCGUCCCAGGCCCCACCUCCAGCCCCAAGAAACUGGAAAAAGCCGUCGAAUCCGACGACGACGACGUCGAACUCGAUUAUGAGGACGACGAGGAGGACUAUCCCGACCUCGGCGAGGAGCUUGACCUUGAGAAAAUGCGGCGCGCCGCCGAGGCUUCCACUCGCAUCGCGCAAUCGAGCAUCCCACGGCCAAAGAUCCAAGAAGACACGAUCACCGCCACGGCCAUCAGCGACGACGACGGCGCCUCAUCAGAAGACGGAGAAGAUCGUCAUCGGCUGGCCUCGGAGCGUCGUGCUCCUCUAGACCCGCCCAGACGACCCGCAGAAGCUCGGCAACAGCGAAGCCGCGAUGAUCAUGGUACCAUUGCCGUUUCGGAGAGCUUCUCUUUCUGCACCCAACAAUUACAGUCACAUUUAUUAAGCCAAUUGCAAUUACGUCUUGGGGAAAUUAGGAUUGAGAAGAGUCGAUUGAUUAGUUAACACUGACACAGUUUCUUCAGUCGACCCGAGAAGACGUCCGCCGCCGCCGCAGCAGCACCGUCGACGCGAAGAACGUCACCACGACAAUCGGAGCAUCGCCAGGCCAAUCAAGGAUUCGUACCGACGCGAGAAGGAACUUCAGUGGCGGCGAAAAGAGGACCGCAGGCGUAGAAGGAGUCCUAUAGUGGCUUCUUACCUACCUCGCGAGGUACCGCCUUUGCUGCCAAUGCCAGAGACGGAGGUCCUUAAGAACGGUGGUAUGGAAAAGCGGAGGGAACCUUUGCCACGACGCCGCACUUCGAACGAAGAUCACCACCAUCAACAUCAUGAAGAUCGAUACCGACGAAGAGAACCGCUUUUGGAAACUCCCUUUCUAGAUUCUCCACCGAGUAUUCCUUGGAAAACCCGAAAACCACCCUCACCGCCGCCGCCGACGUCACCCCCUACAGGUUCUAGUUUGACCUACCCUGCGAAGUUGCGGAUCCCUUCGUUGCUUGAUCUCUCUUUGUGUGCCCCCGCGUCUGUUGUUGCCGACGUCCCACCUCCGCCUCAGCCAGUGCAAAAGAUCCGACGUCCAAUUCAAGCGCCGUCUUCAGCUCCGAACACUGAGAGUAGCCUGGUCGUGACGGUCAACAAUUCGCCCAAGAAGGUGAUGGAAAGACGUCCGAUUGGUUCGACGGAUGAGAUUCCGGCCUCGUUCAUCCAGAGCGCCCUCCAUGCUACCAAGAAGCCUCGGCCGAUGAACGUCAUCGGUGGUCCAGUCAUAAAGAAGUUUGCUUCUUCUGAUCGGCCGCCGCCGGCUCGUAUCACCGGCCCCGUUGUGAAGCGGCCUAUGCCAUCGUUGCUCAGUUAGUUUUUUACUGAUUUUUGAGGCUUUUUACAGUUUUCAUAGACCAUUCUCAUAGAUAUUAUUGAAUAAGAGCCAAAAACUGUGUGUCUUUGGCAUUUUUCCGAGCAAAAAAGUCUAAUCGCUUUUAGCCAGUCUUCAGAAAUGGUUUUUUCUUUUCAUUUUCCUUAAAAUUUAAGUUCUGAAAACUUUUGGAUGAAUAGUUGAAACGUAAAAAGUUCUGAAAAAGUUGAAAAAGUUGCAAUUUUUGAUUUUUUUCAUGAAAGCUUUGAUGUUGAUUCUGCUCCUUCUUGUAAGUUCAACUUUUCUUUCAAAUUUGAAACUAGGCAAAAGGAAAUGUUUGAUUUAUAGCCCAAUCCGCCCCAGCUUGUCACGUUCCAACGCUGCUAGAAACUAGAAAGAGUGUCUUGAAAGAGCCUCUGCAAUUUCUAACUUCUUCAAAAAGAACAUGAAAAAGUUUCUAGCAGCGUUGGAAAUUUUAAAGUUCUUUGAAGCUUGAAUAUUUUGAACUCCUCUUAUCAAAAAUUGUUUUACAUGAAUGCAAAAAAUUAAACGGCCUUCCUCUUCUAAGUUUUUUAACACAUAGAAAUUGAAGCGAGCGUAUCAUAAGCUCUGUAAUUUUUGUCGAGUUCAUAAAAACCUUGCAGAAAAGCGGAGAGCGCAAGAAAAAAUGAACAGACUGCACGUUUCGUCGGCGCCGACACAGCAGGUCGUGUCGGUGUCGAUUCCCACGUCGAUGAUCAGGAAAAAGUUGCGCCGGAAGAAGCCCGUCCGCGUGCUCGUCGGCGAAUCGGUCAACUCCAAUUUCGUUCCCGUUGGACCCAACGCGAGGAUUCGUCCUGCGCAAAUCCAAAACACUAUCAACUCUCGCUUGUCCUUUGCCUCUCAUUAUUAG